AUGGCUUCCAGAGAUAAAUUCAAGAAGAGGGAGUACCCAGCUCCGGACAUGGCUACAAUUCUGAAGGCCACAACCACUGUCAAGGCGAGGCCCCUGAAGCUGGGGUCCAGUGGGGCCAAGGAGGUCCAAGACAGGGUGGAACGCCUUUCCAAGGAUAGCACACCAAAGGCUUCCGAAGAGGGGGCUCCCCAGAGGCAGGAGAAGCUAAAAGAGCCUCGGGGGAAAGAGAAAGUCCCGGAGGAGGCGAAGAGGAGGAAGCUGGUGCACAUCACCAGCUCGUCAGGGAAAUUUGGGACAUCAGUGUCCCACGAGGCUAAAUCAACAGGCGAGUCGAAGCUUCUCGCAUCUGCUUCCAAAGCUAUCAAAAUAGAGAUGGUCAGAGAGGCCGAGGCUGAGGAGGCCAGAGAGGACGCUGCGAAGAGAGCCGCUAAGGAGGAGGCAGCAAAACAGAAGCCUGUUCGAGAGAAGGGGAAGUCUCCAAGCUUCCUAGCUGGAAGGGAGGAGACCUUGGCCCCAGCCUUGUUGCAUGCCUCCUCCUGCGAUGCCACCGACCUGACGAGGGCUUUGGUGAGCCAAAGAGUUAGAACCUUUGGCCUCGCACUUGAAUACAGGGAGGCCCUGAGUGAUUUUCAGACAAGGACCCAGUCUUCGGAGGAGAAGACGGCCUCCCUCGCAGAGGAGUUGAAGGCAGCUAGAGCCGAGGCGAAAGAAGUCAGGGCCCAAAAACUUGAAGAAUUGACCAAGCUAGAGUCUGCCUUGGCCCAAAUUGAGGCUUUGAAGAAGGAGGUUUAUGAGUCGCAGUGCGAGGUGACCUCCCUGACAAAGAAGGUGGAGGUCUCCAAUGAGCACCAGAAAGUGACCGCCGAGGCCCUGGAGAAGGCAAAUCUCUCCUUGGCGGGUGCCCAAGAGGCUUACCAGUUCUUGGAAACCCAAAUCAAGUGGUCUGAAUUCGUGGACGAGGUACCUCAGACCCCUGCUGAGGAGGUGCAGGGUAAUGAAGUAGCUGAGCUAGAGGAGAUAAAUGUCGAUGCUCAAGUUGCCGAAGCCCCAAGUACUGAGGCUCCUCCCCCGUCUACCCAGGCUUAG